UUCCUCUUUGCCCAUUUCUUCCCCCCUCCUCCUCCUCUUCAGAUCAAGAAACCGUGUCCUUGAAACCAUCGAGAUCGCCCUCCCCUCCCCUCGGAUCGCGGAAACUCGCCGGCUUCCGCGCUCUCCUCGCCGCAGCGGAUCGAUCGGUGCUCGCUUCUUUCGGUUACGGUUCUUUUUUUUUUCUUUUCUUGAUUUUUCUCCGGUCGCCGGAGAGGCGGCGGGGAGAUGGUGGCGGAGGCGGAGGUGAUGCAUCAGCCCGUGCCGGUGUUGGAGGUGCAGUACCACCGGUGCGUCGCCAAGGGUGUCGAGGAGGUGGUCGGGAUGUCCGCCGCGGCGGCGGCGGCGGUGGCCCCGCCGGAGGUCGGCGUGGGGGUCGAGGUCGAGGUCGCCGUCGAGGUGCCUCACAUGGGGUUGGAAGGUGCUGGUGGUGCACCGAGCGUAUCAAUCGAAGCACUGCAGUUUGUUCCCAGUAUCCGGUCUGGUAGCUUUGCUGAUAUUGGACCUAGGAGGUACAUGGAAGAUGAGCACAUCCGGAUAGAUGAUCUUUCCGCCCAUCUUGGAUCGCUCUUGAUGUGUCCGCUGCCUAGUGCCUUCUAUGGGGUAUUCGAUGGCCAUGGAGGUCCUGAUGCUGCAGCUUACAUGAAAAGGCAUGCAAUGAAGUUCCUAUUUGAGGACAGCGAGUUCCCACAAGCAUCACAAGUAGAUGAAACAUAUGUUCAGUCUGUUGAGAACUCUGUUCGUAGGGCCUUCUUGCAGGCUGAUCUUGCCUUAGCGGCUGAUUUAGAUAUCAGCCGCUCAUCUGGAACUACAGCACUCACCGCAUUAGUCUUUGGGAGGCAAUUGUUGGUUGCAAAUGCUGGGGAUUGCCGUGCAGUCCUUUGUCGCAGAGGUGUAGCGAUGGAGAUGUCUCGAGAUCACAGAGCAAACUAUGCCGAGGAGUGUGAAAGGGUCGCUGCAUCCGGCGGAUACAUUGAGGAUGGCUACCUCAAUGGAGUCCUAUCCGUGACUCGGGCACUAGGGGACUGGGACAUGAAAAUGCCGGAUGGCUCGACAUCGCCUCUCAUCGCUGAGCCAGAGUUCCAGCAGGCCAUGCUCACCGAGGAUGACGAGUUCCUCAUCAUGGGGUGCGAUGGGAUAUGGGAUGUGAUGACCAGCCAGCAUGCGGUGAGCAUUGUCCGCAGGGGGCUCCGUCAGCACGACGACCCUGAGAGAUGCGCGAGGGAGCUCGUCAUGGAGGCGAAGCAGCUCGAGACCGCGGACAACCUGACGGUGAUCGUCGUCUGCUUCGUCUCGGAGCUCGGGUCGCCGCGGCGGGAGCAGGUGGGGCAGGCGGUGGUGAGGCCAAGGAGUUGCAAGAGCCUCUCAGCAGAGGCUCUGUGUAACCUGAGGAGCUGGCUGGAGACUGAUCGCUAGGGUGAGAGCUGAUGAAGAUGGCCACACUUCACACUUUGUGUACAUAUGCUGACAUUAGAUGUUUUUUUUUCUCUUCUUUUCAUUGUUGAGAGGCUGUGGAGGCAGGUUGAGCAGCCGGCAGUUUUGUAGGCCAUUUUUCUCAUUAUUAUUCCUUUUUUUUCUGCGUUUUGUUGACAUGUAACUGCUAUUGUUCACACCAUUGCUGUUGUACAUAUCUGUUGAGUUCAUGGAUGAUGGAUGGACAAGCUCACUUUUAGCACCACUAUCUCGCUGUCAAAUGCCAAAUUGAU